GGGCCCGUCUCUAAGAGGUCACUUCCGGUUUGGGACACUCCCGUAGUGGGCCGCAGGAGCAGACUGGCGCAGAUUUAGCCGCUGUUCGGCGACAUUAUCCCCGCUAUCACCUUUUAUUUAGUCCGUGGAGGAAGAACCGAGAGCAGCGGGGUAAACCUACCUAAUUUUACGUCUUUAUUUCCUCUUUUUCCAGCUCUAAAGAGACGUUUUAGCACUUCAGCCGGUGUUUGUUUUGUCGAGUUUUAACCGGUAAGGGGCGCUGGUUAGCCGCUAACCCGCUCCCCACCAAACCCCAGCGGGAUUUCACUCCAUUUAUCCCCCCUCUCUCUCUCCUCGUUAGCUCGCUAACUUCACCCCACCGACGGUUCCUCUAAGCCCGUCAGAGAGCCGCAGACAUGCCGGAGUACCUGGACGACCCGUCCGUUCUGACCAAGGACAAGCUGAAGAGUGAACUGCUGGCCCACAACGUGGAGCUGCCGAGCGGGAACCAGACCAAAGACGUCUAUGUGCAGCUGUACCUGAAGAACCUGACCGCGCAGAACAACCAGCAUGACACCGCCGCGAGCCUGGACGCCUUCUCCAGCGACGAGGAGCUGCCGCCGCCGGUGGUGGUCAGCAGCAGGAGUCGGUCCUCUGGAAGAGUGAGUGUGGAGCUUUUAUUUAUGUGGAUUCAUGAGUCUACUCCGAGUUUUUCUAACUUUUCUAAGAGGUUCUGACUUUGUUUUCAUCGGAGCAACAUGUUUAUGUGCAUAAAAGCAUGACUAAAAAGGGUUAAAAUUAGUGUUAACUAGUUUAACUAAUGUUAACUAAUGUUGUGCAUACAUCAGACAUAUGGAAAACGUACUUAAAAAUAUAAAAAAAACCUCACUUUUCCCCCCUUCACCCCCGAGCACUAUCACUAAAAUUAGUAACACCGUCACUAUCGCUAACAGAAGUGGAAAACUGUUGUGUGGUCUAACUUCUGGAAAUCAUGGACCCAGUUUAAAAGUCUUAUCCCUAAUGUUGUGGACAUGUAUCAGAGUAGGACAGUAUGCAAAAGUGUAAAAGUAUGUAUAGUUCUUUUAUUCUUAACUGUGUAACGUCCAAAUGGAGGGAAAAAAGUGCCAUGAGGGGAGCAGAUAAAAAUGCAACUAAAUAACUGAAAUUAGGCAUUCAGCGACAAUCAUCUCAAACCAUCAAUAAAUUAAUAUUUUCUCAUAACUUUUAACACUUUUCCAAACUUAAAGUAAUAUGUAUGUUUUCUCUGAGGCAGGAUCCGUCUACUGUUUUAACUAAAAUGCCUUUUAAAAAAGACCAAAUUUGAGAGAGAAGAUAAGUGAAGUAGGACCACAACACUCAAAAAACACACAGCCGAGUUUUCAGGAGACACUAAACACAACCUGUUUUAUUUAAAGUAAUUAGUGUAUGUCUAAAACUUUGAUAAAAACAUGAAUAAUUAGCUGCUGCGGUCACUAGCUGCACCUGAAUUAAAGAUUUCCUGGUCUUUAUUUCUCCUCUGGACCAUCUUUGGACCCCCUAGAGACCUCCUGAUGGUCCCGGAGCCUUCUUUGGACAUCUCUCCUCAUGAAUAAAUCUGAGAUGCAUAUUUCAGCUUUCACUUCCCUCUUUUUGAGUUUCCCUCGUUACUUCAUCUCCAACAUGCUGACUGUGUGUUUUUAAUGUCGUUUGAAGCCACAGACCGACCUCAGACCUCAGACCUCUGCACUCAUUCAUUCACUCAUUCAUUCACUCAGUCACACAGGUGUGUUGUUGUUAUCUACAGUUCACUCUGGGUGCGGUUUCUCCUCCUCUCUGCAUGUUAAUCAUUCACUCUUUGACAUGAUAAUUUCAUCGAGGUUGUGCUGUAAGUGGACAAAUAGAUCUGUGUUUGACCUGCAGUCACACUCCCGGUACAGAAGCUGUUAAAAUGCAGAUAAAGAGGCUGAUAGGUUUGUGCGUUUGUUUGUUUGUUGUCAGUCGACUCCUCCCGCCAAAAACAUUAAAACAGCUCCUGGCUGCAUACCGCAGAGACGCAGGAUUUCUCAGUCCUGAUAAACUCCUGAAGAUCUUUUAGUUUAACCAGGUCAGCUCAACAGAAACCUGCAACAGCUACUUUAUUAAUCAAUCAAUCAAUCAGUCUUUAUUUAUAUCGCACUUUUCAUACACAAUUAUGUAGCACAAAGUAUUUUACACAGAAAAGGAAUAAAAGAAACAAAGAAAACCCAAAUCUACCCCAACCCUUCAUUCUCACGAUCUAAACAGAAACAGUUAAAAUGCAUAAACUUAAAAAGGGCUUUAAUGUGCGCACUGAGGAAACGACGUUUUAAAACUCAAGAGAAGGAAACACUGGAGGUUUAGGUUAAAAUAUAAGAACAAGGUAAAGGUCCUCACACACCAGAGCCGAUGCAAAUAUAGAACGCGAAAUUACGAAAUAUUCAGAGGCGAAUUUUGACGCGCCUGACUAUACACAUCAAGUCCGAUGCGAUUUUGCGACUUUCCUGGGGGGAAAAGACGCAUCCCGGGGAAAGUCCCGCCCCCUUCGCCUCUGAUUGGCUAGAAAAGCUGGAAACGUCAUCACACGCUCAAGCCAAACGGUCAGCACUUAUAGCCAAUCAGAGGCAAUAAGAUAAACACAUGAAACUAUGGUAACAACCGUUAGCUUACGUUAGCACAGAUGAAAGUUCAAACAAAGACGUUUAUCAAACUGUUAAAGCUCACAAACCAUCGUCUCCACAAGUCGUCCUUCAGGUCGUUAUCUUUGUAAUGUUUGUGUCUUUUAUCAAAAAUCACUCUGUUCUCCGACACGUAAACAAUCAGCCGGUCGGCCAUGUUGGAUAUACGGGCAACAACAUGAAAUCUGAUUGGUCAGAAGUGGACACGCAGUAUGAGAAACUUUAGAAAAACCGACCGUGAACCAAAAAAUUAAAUGCCGCAAAAAACGCAGGACGGGAAAACGUCGCUGAUGUGAACGCUUGUAUUGACAGGAUACGGGUUCGAAAAAAAUUACAUCUGAAAUAAUCGCACGAAAAAACCGGUCCCAGUGUGAAAGGACCUUAACACAGAAUAAAUUUUAAGUAAUAAUCAAUAAAAUGAAAUAAAAACAACAGUAAAAGAUACUAAAAUAAGAGCACCAAAAUAGAUCAAUAAAAGACGAUCCUGACAUUAAAACUAGAGAUAAAUGCUAAAACAUUUAAACAAAGUGAAUGAUGUAAAAUUUAGUUAAAAGUGAAACUAAAAAGGUUUUCAGUUUGGUUUUAAAAUCAUUCAGAUUAGUUUCAGUCCUCAGAUCUUUAGGUCAGCUGUUCCACAGACGGGGAUCAUAGUCAUAAAAAGGUGUUUUAGUUUUACUUCCUGAGGACUCUACCUGACCCACAUGAUAAAUAAGAAGGACCAAAGCCAUUAAGAGCUUUAAAAACCACUAAAACAACCUUAAAAUCUAUUUUAAAAGAGAGACGGGGAGCAGAGCUUUUAGAAUCUUCUGGAUCAAACUCCUGGGAUGUAGACUCCUAAAUGUGAUUUCCACUUUUCUGUCCUUCUGAUUGGCUGUAAACUAAACACCGCUGAGUUCUUGGCGCAGUAGGUCAUUCAGAUACAUCUGUUAUUUUUGUCCUUUUAGAAAAACACCGAUCCACUUUGAUUCACAAAAGUCUGACACCAUGGAGAAAUUCACUAAGAGAUAAAUAAUCAGUGAAAAGAAUCAUCGUCUGUGUCUCAGGAUCAAAUAUUGACAGAGUGUAAAAGGAUUAAAGUUCAUGUUUGAUAAUCUAACUCAGAGGUUAAACAGUGAUCAACUCUUUUCAGGGUUAAUUAGAUUAACAGCAUUUAGACUGAUAAUUAUUGAUGAGUCUGAAAGUCUCAGGAGGACUCGGUCUGUGUGAGAAACUCUGGACCUGGACUCAAACAGGUGUGCUGCUGCAGGUCAUGUCCGGUCUGGACUUGUUUUUAGGGGGGUGAGGUUUGGUCAGGUUUGCAGUAGAGGCGGGUUUAACGGUGGCUGAAUGAAGGGUGUGAGUGAAAAAUGACAAGUCAAACACGUGGGCGGAGCCAGAGAGCCUGUUUGUGUUUGAGUCCGCCUCUGCCGUGUGUGCGCAGGUGUGUACGCUGCCUCCUCCCCCAAAAACGCCGAGCGCUCUUUAGUUGUAAAUUUAAGGUUCAGGUAGAAGUCAGCUGAUCUGUCGGAGCUGCAGCUUCUCACACGGUGAACAGGGACAGGUCAGGGGAAGUUCAGGAGUCAUUAAAAAAUCUGAAUACAGGUCGUUUACAGACGCUCCUGUCUUCCUCACAGUUUAACACUUAGAUUUCUGCUGGACCACUGUCAAUCCCACGUGACACUAUGAAUAUUAUUUACAGUUUCUCAGGAUCUAUACCGUGUUUCUCUACGGGAUGAAAAGUGUUCAAUAGUUUACCCUUUUGGCGAUCUAUCGAGGGUUUCCAGACAUUUCUACUCCUGCCACAAGGUUUACAAUCCAGACACAAAAACAGGUGUUUGAUCAGAGACGUUUGAUGGUAAAUCUGCAAUGAAAACAGGAUUAUUGAUGGACAGGUUGUUGUUAGAUUAAAAAAGAUCACUAUUGUUAAAUGUUGCUGAUGUUUGACGAGCUGUUUUGAUGACGUCUUUUUCUGUCAAACUUUCGACCAAUUACACGGUCUCAUAUUCUUCUUCUAUUGUCCCCUUGACGGUAGUGUCCAAUAAGAGACAAGAAAGUUCCCUGCUUUCUCCAAAAUAAGAAAUAAUGUUCCUCAAUGAAACAAGUAAAGAAGAGAUUCUGAGCAGUCUGAUGUGGUCCUCUGUCUCAUCCCAGAAACAACUGUAAACAGUCAAAAAUGCCUGAAGAAUGAGUGUAAAUGUGUCAAUAGUUUCUGUUGUGUGUUUGUUCCAAUCCCAAUAUUUCUUCUCCUGAUAGACUUGAGAGGAUGAUGUUCAGAUGAGAAAAGGCUUGGUCUCUGUAGAUUUAUGUGUUUUUGGAGCAAAGUUCUGUUGGGAUCAGUUUCUGUUUUUGUUCUUUGGUUGACUUUGUUGGUUCUGAAUCUACUGUCACAUUUAUUUUACACCCAUAAACUGAGAGCUGAGGUUGUCCUGAAAAUAAAGACGUGUUUAUAUUUGCUGUGAUUGAAAGGAUCAAGAUGAUACUCAGAUUUUUACAAAAGAAAAACAGACGGACCAAAAACAGCAAAAUAUAUCUGGGAGUUCUCAGGGUUAAACACGAUCUGGUGUUUCACGUGUGACCAGUGCGUAAAUGUUUGUUCGUGCUUUUCUACAUUAAUGGGACAUGUUGGUGCAAACAGACACACACCAGCUCUUGUAUCUGCUGAUAUCAGGAACUUCUCCUCCAUGUCCAAAAGCAGAUUCUGGUCCAGUUAGAGGAGCAAGCAGAGAGAAGAAGAAGAAGAAGAAGGUCAGCAGAGCCUGUAAUGAGGUUUUCAUGUUUAGUUAACCGCUGCUGGACAAGAAUGAUGGCUGUUUUCCUCUGGGUCAUGUGAUAGAGGCGUGACCAAUCAGGGAAUAACAGAGUGUGAUCCAGUGAGGAAGUGAUGUCAGCUUUUCUGAAACGAACCCUAAAUCCUCGGACUCUGUUUGCACGUUAGCGUGCGGAGCGCUCCGGGUUUACAAAAGCCUCGGUCAGUGAGUCUGUGCGGAUAUAUUCACAGAGACGUAAACGCCGUGAAGGACGAAGUUUUCUGUUAAAGGACAGAGAUGUUAGUCAAACAUGAGAAACACGAUUAUGGAGCAUCGAAAACAUCAGACUGAAAAUAAAGGAGAGGAGGAACGUCUGAAGAUCCUCUGCAGCAGUUUUCUGAAAUCAUUUAUGGGCCACUCCGCUCAGCCUGGUUCAGAUUCAGACAACUUUAUUUACUCUGUGGUUUAGGCGGUCCAAACAAACUUCAGUAGACGGCUGAAUGUAGGGAAAAAGUUUAUCACAAUAUAUAUUAUUUUCAUAUCAGCUGAUAUCGAUCAAUAUCAGGAUAUAAAAAUGUAACAGUGUUUAUUGGUCGCAUGUCUUUUCCAACACAACAUGGCAGAAUGACGACUAUCGUAAAGCAUAUUGAUCAUGUUUUAUAUUAGGCCUGCACGAUAUAUCGUUUGACUAUCGUCAUCGCGAUGUACGUGUGUGCGAUAGUCACAUCGCAGAGCCUGCGAUAUUGGAGGUGAAUGAACGCAUUUAAUUUCAAGGGUAACUGACUGAGAUACACUCCAUGUGACUCUGCAUGUGCUGUGCAGCGAUCCACCAAUCACAUUCGUCCUUAACUCAGUUGCCAAUCAGACUCACUUCUCAGUUGCCAAUCAGACUACCCUGCCAGCUGUCAAUCAAAAUCAGAGAGGAGGAAACCCACCCCUGCACAUGUUCUGCACAUGGAGGGAGACGUGUGUCCGCUGAGAAUUACUUUCGGAACUUUACUCAUGACUGUUAAGCCCAACAAAUAAGAACUGUAUGGGUUUUAAAUUGUACAUUUCCGUGGACCACUCUACUAUAAGCAGUGCGCGUUUUGCGAGGUGCAUGCAAUUCUCGGAGGACAUGCGUUUCUCGGCACAACACCGCUAACAACAACAACAACGAUCGCAAAAUGAACAACGAACAAGCGAAAACCACCGAAAAUGAAGAUUUGUUGCCCAAAAGAAAAGGAAAGUCAGUUAUCUGGAAUUAUUUCGGUUAAAAGAAGGAUGAUGUCGACCAAAACACGUCUUCUGUGUUCAUCUGUUUCCACAAUAACGUCCCAGCACAAUAAAAGCUAAAGAUAUCUCUGAGACAGACAGAAGCCGUUCUACUAACAUUCACAAAAAGAGGUAAGAUCAGAGCAGAAUAACUGUCCUCAAGAUUUCAGCAGUGCAGCAUAACAUUAAAUGCUAUUCAGGUCAUCUGGUGAAAAUUCCUGUAUUUUUAAUAUCGCAAUAUAUAUCGCAGGGUUGAAAAAAAUCGCAAUAUUAUUUUUUUCCAAUAUCGUGCAGCCUUAUUUUAUAUUGAUAUUGAGGGAAAUUAAUUUUCGAUAUAUAUCGUUAUGGUUUUAUCUGUAUGGUUUUAAAGGUUUCACCUGGACAGAUUAAAAACCUCCAGAACUUCUUCAAAAGUCUAACCCGGUCUCUGUUCCCUGUUUUCACUGUGAUAUGACUAAAGAUGGUUCAUCCUUUCUCCUCCAGAUUAAACGUUUAGAUUUGGAGUUCAGAGAUAUUUCAGAGUGUGAGAUUUGUCACCUCCCAGUUUGUGUUUUAGUGUAAAUGUUCCCGCUGCAGCUUUAAGGUCUGUUAUCUUUGUGGGUUUGGUUUUUUCAUUGAGGAAAUACUUUCCUGUGGAAGAGGAAUGUGUGUGCAGACUGUCUGCCACCACAUCAGUGUGUGUGUGUGUGUGUGUGUGUGUGUGUGUGUGUGUGUGUGUGUGUAGUAAAAAGUGGAGGCUGCAGAAAGACGGGGCUCGUGUGUUAUUAGUGUGUCCUUUGUCUCUGCGGUUUAUCAGCUGUGUAUGUGGUGAAACCUGAGGAUCACAGGUGAGAUUACAGGCUGCAGGUCGGCCGUACAGGUGAGGGCGGAGAGGGGGACGGGUCUGAAACCUCCAUUCCUGACAUUGUUGAGAUGUUUCCUGCAGCCGUAGAGGUUUUUUUUUCAGAGUGGAUCUGAAAGACUCACAUUCCUCUCUGUCAGGAGAUUUCACCCUGAAGUUUGAGGAAUGUGUGGCGGCAGAAACACUCGUGGUUAAUUUGAGCGUAGUAAACAUGCGGCUAACCACACACACUCCUUUGUUACUGAGCCGUGCAGACCGUUGCAUCACGCCGCCACAGGUCUGAGCGUGCCUCGCCCUGCAGAUCCUCCAUGGAGCUUCGGUUUGGAGGAAAGUCUGACGACUCUGUUUGGAGUGAGUUUACUCCAGCGAGCGCCGGCUGUGAGCUCAGGCCUCAGGUAUUCCUUUAAAGGCCAGGGUGUGUCCGCUCACUCCUCCUCCUCCUCCUUCCUCUUCUCCCGCUCAGUCUGCUGAUAUUAUGAAACAGUCGUUGGCGCUGCUCCAGACCGAGCCCUGUCGAGGGCCCUCAGAGAGUCAGACGCAGAGUAAGACAGACUCCCAGUUAUUACACGCCGUGAACCGUGGAGGAAGUUUGAGCAGAUCAUCUUUGCAUUCCUCACAUUUUCUGCUGCAGAGAGGAGAAGAUCUGAAGACACUCUGAGGGGUCUUUUUUACGUGAACAGGUCCUUUGUCUAGGGGGUUUCCUUAGACCUGGACCCGCUCUGCAGACGCUCUCACAUAUUUCAUGUCUGUUAUCUUCACGCUCACAAAGUCCAGCCCUCUGUCUUCUUGUUUUGAUCAUGUUUCUGGGACCUCCACCAAAAAAAGCAGGAUUCCAGGAAUGACUUCCUGACUUCUUCUGAAGCUCUCUGCAGCAGAAAUAAAAGCUCCUUUAGUUCAUGUGUGAACUCGGUGUUUUAGUUAAGUCUCUUCUGCAGGCGCUCUUUAUUAGCUCGGAGGCGGGGACAGCGCUUCGUUUCAGCUGCAGCUGCCUUCAAACACGCUGUAAUUUCCUGCUGGCUGGUGUGCCUUCGCCCUGAACUGUGUUUACUAUCACGCAGCGCCUGAAGGUAACAUCUGCUCUCAGAGCCCAGCCCCCUCCUCGUUCCUCCAGCCUUUACUUCACGGUAGGAAAUUGAAGGAGUCAAAACUUGUCCCCCCGGAUCACGUCUGUAUGACUGAGUUCAUGCUCCACAUUUCUGUGUGGAGUCCAUGCGUGAAGUGAACUUUCAGGAAUCCACUCAGGAAGUUUUCACACGUUUGUUCAAACAGGCGGCCCGUUAGACUCAUUCAGAACCAGGUGGCGUAGGAGUGAAAACCUGGCAAACAGGUUUCUGUAACCGCCUGGAAGAUCAACAAACAGAUUUACUCAGAGGGACGAGGACGGAGGAAGGGAGGCUAAAGGGGAAAGUUCAGAGGAUGACGCUCCAGGUGAAGGUGUGACGGGGCGAGCGAGAGAGAGGGAGUCACUGUGACUUAAAUAAGAGCAGCAGCUUAACUGUUCACUCGGUUUCUAUGGAGGCCCAGAGGGUCAAACUGAACAUUUCAAAAAGUCCCAAAACAUUUACACUGAAAAAUGUUAAAUAAACGCGAAAUAAAUCACAAAAAAAACAUGAAAAAAAUGAAAAAUAUUUUAAAGGGUCCAAAAUUGAAAACUAAAAUUUUACAAAAAAAAAAUUUAAAAGAUUUACAAAAAACUUUUUAAAAAUCUUACAAAAGCAAAAAUAUGUCAUGAAAUCAAAAUAUUAAAACAAAACAAAAAAAAGUGAAGUGAAAAAAAAAAAAAAGCAAAAACAGCAAAAAAAAUCCAAAAAUUAAAACUAAAAUUUUACAAAAAAAUGUAACAAAUGAUUUACCCCAAAAAAACAGCAAAAAGCCAAAAUAUGUCAUGAAAUCAAAUAUUAAAACAAAGCAGAAAAAUUGUCAAAACGUGAAUAUUAAGAAAACAGCAAAAAUAUGUUUAAAAAUCCAAAAUUUUAUUUAUUUAUUUAUUUAUUUUUUACAAAAAAUAGAUCAAAUAUUUUAUGACAGGGAACUUAAAAAUCCAAAAUUUAAAAAAAAAAUUUUUUUUUACAAAAAAUAGAUCAAAUAUUUUAUGACGGGGAACUUAAAAACUUAACAAAAGAUUUUUGAAAUAUUAAAAAAAAAUGACCAAAAGCAGAAAUAUGUUUUUGAAAUAAAAAAAUCAAACAAAACAGAAAAAUCAUCAAAUAGUGAAUAUUUAAAAAGAACUCCACAGAGCAGUUUUUUUUUUUUUUUAAUAAACAAAAAUAUCAAAUAUUUAUAAAAUUGAGUUUAUUUUACAUACAAAGAGAUAAGAAGAAGAAUUUAUUGAUCCCUGAAGGAAAAUUCAAUAUUCCUGGUUUAAAUGUUUCGGUUAAAUAAAAAGAGUGGAUUAUUCAUUUUAAAGGACGUGUUUUAUAAUCUUCUACUCAUAGAGACAGUUUAUCUGAAUCUUGUUUGUUGAUAUUUGACAGUUUAGCGGCUCGGUCCUCCUCUGUCUGCAUCUCUUAACGUCAUUACAGUCUGAUAAAAAUAGAUCCUCCGGCUCUGAAGAGUCUAUUUUUACAGUAAAAUGCAGGUCGUCGUUAUUUCAGCGCUGACUUUUCUCUCCUGUUGUUUCCAGAAAGCCGUGAGGAAAACCGACAAAGUCCGAGCCGCGGAGCUGGACGUGACCGAGCUGACGGACCAGGACCUGAAGGACGAGCUGCUGAAGCACGGGGUGGACGCCGGGCCCAUCGUCGGUGAGAGUCCGUGUUCUCAGCAGGGUCACACACUCACACACAGUGACGUGUGUGGGUGUGUGUGUGUGUGUGUGUGUGUGUGUGUGUGUGUGUGCUCCACACAGGUGCUGGAAUUCACACGUGUGGCCUAAUAGUUUGACUCGGUCUGUGAGAGAUUACUCUGGAAUGUCCCGCUCCGUUAGACUUCGUUCUCUCUGCAGCCAAAUCAGAUCAGGUUCUGCAGGAGUCUGAGGCGGACUGAGUGAUCGGAUCAGAUUUGUGCUUCCAGACGUGACUUUGAAAAACAGACGCCGGAUCAUUCUCCGACUUCUGCCCCUCGGUUAAAAAAACAAACAUCUGUGAUCGGGUUUUCCCCGAGGACAGUUAGAGGAGUUUCAGCUCCACCAGAGACUGAACAUGUCAGUCAGUCAGGCUGUUACCGGGCAGAUUAGGACGUUAUCAGGUAAAAAAACAAAUAUCAUAAUGGUGUGAAUAUCACCCCCAGUUUCCACCUUCAUCCUGAUCGUCUCCUCAAAGGUCGUAUCCUCCGAUCGUAGCUGAUCGUAACCAUUCAAGUUAACGUGUCAAUUUACACCGACUUCUUUCCGUUCCUCUGCGGAUCGCCGGACUCCUCAGCUGAUCACAAGAGUUCUAUUUUUCUGGAUGCCGGAGCAUGGCGGAUAAAUUCAGCACAGAUUAACCCGUGCUGGAAAGGAAGUCGGGCACAGACUUCAAAAUAAAACAUCCGGCUUCUUUUCAAAAUAAAACACUCCGUGUUUCAGGAGGAUCGUAUUUCACACCAUGCAAACGGGCGGAGACGAACAAGUGAAAGGUUUUUAGACGUCAUUUCACCCCGAUGACACCAUGGAUGAGGAGAUGCUGAUUCUAGAAGUCUAGAAGUAGAUUUCCUCCUCUGGAAGGACACAAUCUACUGCUUAUAUGUCCAUGUGUCUGUCUUUAGAGAGACAACUCGUUAUCGUGUGAUUGAACGUGAAUCUGAGGGUUCUCGUGAGUUCUUGUGAUUCCUGCUGUCAGUAAUCCACCACGAAACGGAUCCAGUAGGAAUUGGCGUACGGCAACAAUCGCCAUCGUAUGUAGGCGUAUGUAAACAUUAGAGCUCCAGAGACGCUGAUUUUUCUGCUUUCUCCCCUCGUCACAGAGACCAGACUCCCUGAUCCUUCUGGAGUCUCCUCAGCUGUCACUCUGUGUGUGUGUGUGUGUGUGUGUGUGUGUGUGUGUGUGUGCGUGUGUGUGUGUGUGUGUGUGUGUGUGUGUGUGUGUGUGUGUGUGUGUGUGUCAUGAGUGUGUGGAUGAGCAGCUGCAGUGAACACACACCGACACAGCUGUGCAGCAGCUACACAGUCCUCUACGGUCCGUGCAGAAGUCCAAACCCUCAGAGUCCUGGAUCAGAAAAGCUCCUGUCUGACAUUUCAGCCUAAAGAGAAACGAAUGAACCAAUCAGAUCAGAGAAUGAUCGUUUCCAUGGAGAAUCAGCUGAUCGGUGCAGCUUCAGUCUCUCUAAACUCUCUCUCUUUCUCUCUCUCUCUCUCUCUCUCCCUCUCUCUCUCUCUUUAAGCUACGACCCGUAAACUCUACGAGAAGAAGCUGCAGAAACUUCUGGAUAACGGUCCGGCUCAGGUGACCCAGCUGGUGGUCACGGAGAUCCAGGUCAACCACAACGGGAACUCCGAGUCUGAGGUCUACAGCGACAAGGAGGACGGUGAGACCAGAUCCAUGAGACCUCCGAGUCAUCGUACCCGGAGCAAAGAUAUUAACCUUCUGUUUCACUGUGAUUGUUUAGAGGUGACACCAGAACCUGAACCAGAGCCAAUACCAGAACCAGAACCUGAACCAGAGCCAGUCCCAGUCGUGGAGAGGCCGAUAAGGAGCCGAGGGAAGACCCCCGUGACCACUCGAACCUCCAGCAGCAGCAAACACAAAGUGGUGAGAGACGCAGCUCUGUGUGUGUGUGUGUGUGUGUGUGUGUGUGUGUGUGUGUGUUAGAGAGAGAGAGAGAGAGACGUUGAUGAUGGAGCAGAGGUUUGGUUCUGGAGCAGACAGACCUGUUUAUUAGUCUUCAUCAGAGGAAGGAUCUUAUGAUGGUAAACAGGUCAGUUAAAGACCGCUCACACACAGCAGACCCAGACCCUGUCCCCCUGCAGACAGGAAGGUAAACAUGGACCUGCAGCAUCAAACAGGACCGGUCUUUGAGGUUCUCCUCCUGACCUCAGAUCUGCUCUUUCUCACAAGGAAGUCAGUCUGCGCCAAAGCAGGUACACAACUCAGACAUGAUGAAGAAUCGACCCUGUUCCUCAUUUUCCACACUGACAGGAAAGAGUUCGAGCUGGAGGUCACCCUGAGAGGACUCUGAAGUCCAACCAUCUGAACUCUGAUCUUCGCCGCCCUCUUUCACGUUGUUUCGUCAUUUUUAGUCAUCAGAUUUAUUCUCAGUGAUUUAAAAACAAAUAAAAAGAUCAUUUCUAUCCCGACAGUCAGAGCUGAAACUCUCUGUAUGAAGAUCUGGAGACGUCUGAAUGUAGGGCUGGGCGAUAAGGAGAAAAGUUUAUCAUGAUAUUUUAUUUUCCUAUCAGCUGAUAUCGAUCAAUAUCAGGAUCUAAAACUCUAACAGUGUUUAUUGGUCUCAUGUCUUUUCCAACACAAUAAUCUCCUGCAUCUGUGAGGUCUUUGUGUCUCUUUGGCGUUUUGUUGUAAGGCGUCGCUCUAGAGAAAGACGACUGAAUGGUCGUCUGUUUCAGGCGCCACGGGCUCCUCGCUCCUCUCGGGGUUUGUAACCUUUUGCGUUGCGCGUGCUCUGCGGCGUGGCGCUGCUUCAGGUGGUGAAAAAGAUUUGAGGUAUUCCCCGACUUUGUGAGAACAUGUACUCGACAUAAUUUACAGUCCACAUUACUCUGCUUCAUGUCCGACCUCCAAAAACCAAAAUACCUCCACACCACCGACGUUUUCCUAACGCCAGUGUUGUGGUUGACAUUGAUGUGGUCAUCUGUUGAGCCUUCAUGGUCAUUUCUGUCGGGGGUAGCACUCAUUUUCUUUGUUUCUCACCAACAGUGCUGUCGGCUUCACCUGUUAAAGUGCUAUGGUUGGGUGGAGCUGCUGUCUGCUACGACGCUGCAGUUGGUUGAUACUUGGUUCUAAUUCAGAACAUGAUUGGUUCAGACCCGGAGAAACUCCCCUUUUCAUUGGCUGUUCGUAUAGUCGACCAAAACAUGUCAGAAUGACGACUAUUAAAAAGGAUAUUGACUGUGUUUUAUAUUGAUAUAUAUGGUUAUCAUUUUAUCACCCAGCCCUAACGAUAUUAAUCGAUAUCUAUAUGAAAAAGUAUAUCAUGAUAAACUUUCUGCCUUAUCGUCCAGCCCUAGUCUGAAUGUGAGAAACGGAGAGUUGAAGGAGGAAAAACUGGAGCAGGUUUCAGACUUCCAGGAAAGAUUUCCCCCUUUGGCCUCUUCAUGUGUUUAUUCUGUCCUAGAAAGCAGAAAGAAAAAGAAGAAAAGGAAAAUCAAGUUUCCUCAAAGUUUUUACUGUUUAGAAAAACUUCAACAGUUCGUCUUCGUGAACUCAGUCCUGCAGCCUGCAGAGGUUCAAACCCUCCAGCUUUGACUCUCUGGAGGAUCAGAGGUGUUCCUGGUCUCUGCUGAAGCAGGUAGGAUGGGACUCUCAGCAGCUGUUUUUGAUUCCCGGGUUUCCUCCGACGCUGGCACAGGAAGCGGUUUUUCAUUUUCCUGGAUUUGAGUCACACCCAGCUCAGAGCGAGCGUGCCGGCUCAGAGUAUCAGCGCUGAUCGCCGCAUGUCAGACUCGAAGCACAUGAUGUGGAUUAGCUGCUCCUUCCCUCCCUCACUUUCUCCUCACUCAUGUGUCUGUUUAUCUUCUCCUCCUCUUCUUCAUCAUUCUUGAUGUUUCCAAACUUUUGUUUCUAUCAUCAUCAUCAAACUCCCACACUUACUCGCCCACUUUUAUUUCAUAAAGGACUCCGUGGUCCGGGUUCGAGGAUCCUCUUAGGGGGAACAGAAACACGAACUCAUCCCCCCACAUGUGAUGUUGUUUUUCAGCUGCUCUCUCUCUCUCUCUCUCUCUCUCUCUCUCUCUCUCUCUCUCUCUCUCUCUCUCUCUCUCUCUCACUCUCUCUCACUCUCGCUCUCUCUCUGGAUGUGGUUGAGAACAGCUCCUCCUGCUGGUCACACUCUGAACCUUCACCUGGUGAGCCGUUACAACCCGCUUUAAAAACACUGGAGGGCUGCCAACCAUGAUCUGAUAUGUGGGAGGAGCUAGAGGUGUGUGUGUGUGUGUGUGUGUGUGUGUGUGUGUGUGUGUGUGUGUGUGUGUGUGUGUGUGUGUGUGUGUGUGUGUGUGUGUGUGUGUGUGUGUGUGUUCAGGUGAAUUUUCCAGUAAACACAGUGAGGUUAUUCUUUCUCUUUUAAACGUUCAUGAUGUAAUCUCUAACUCAGAGUGCAGACCUGAGUUUGGCGCCAUAGUUGCCGUGGUAACCAGCUGUGUUUGUCGUUGAUGUUGUUUCUUCUACAACAGUUUUAAAGUUUGUUCAAACAGACUCAGUUAUCGUCAGGUUAAAUCUAUGAGCUGCUUUUCUGUGUUUAGAGUGACGUGGUGAAUUUUUAUUAAAGUCCUGGUUACAGCGAGGUGAUUGGAUGGAGAGGCGGGACAGGAGAUUGACCAAUAGGAGCUGUCAGGGACGGAUGGCUCCUAUUGGUCUCGGGUGAACAGAUUUUUUCUGAAUUCUUUUUUCUCUUCUCUUUGUGGAGAUCGCACUGUAGGACCAAGAUCGCCAUAGAAACGAGGUUCAUAAUAAUUAAAAACCUCUACAAUGAUUUCAUGAUGUGGGAAGAAACAGGAGGUGAUUCACGCAACAGGAUGGCCCAACGAGGCUCCUCUCCCUUCUCCUCUCUCCUCCUCCUACUCCUCCUCUCUCUCCUCCUUCUCCUCCUCCUCUCUCUCCUCCUUCUCCUCUCUCUCCUCCUCCUCCUCCUCCUCCUCUCUCUCCUCCUUCUCCUCCUCCUCUCUCUCCUCCUUCUCCUCCUCUCUCUCCUCCUUCUCCUCCUCCUCCUCUUUCUUCUCCUCUCUCUCCUCCUCCCCCUUCUCCUCCUUCUCCUCUCCUCCUCCUCCUCCUCUCUCUGCCCCUCUUUCUUCUCCUCUCUUCUCCUCUCUCUCCUCCUCCUCCUCUCUCUCCUCCUUCUCCUCCUCCUCCCUCUCUCUCCUCUUCCUCUUUCUUCUCCUCUCUCUCCUCCUCCCCCUUCUCCUCUCUCCUCCUCCUCCUCCUCCUCCUCUCUCUGCCCCUCUUUCUUCUCCUCUCUCUCCUCCUCUCUCCUUCUCCCCCCCACUUCCUCCUCUCUCUCCUCCUUCUUCUCCUCUCUCUCCUCCUCCCUCACCUUCUCCUCCUCCUCCUCUCUCUCCUCCUUCUUCUCCUCUCUCUCCUCCUCCCUCACCUCCUCCUCUAUCUCCUCCUCCUUUCUCUCCUCUUCCUCUUACUUCUCCUCUCUCCUCCUCCUCUUCCUUCUCCUCUCUCCUCCUCCUCCUCUCUCUCCUCCUUCUUCUCCUCUCUCCUCCUCUUCCUCUUUUUCCUCCUCCUCCUCCUCCUCUCUCUCCUCCUUCUCCUCCUCUCUCUCCUCCUUCUCCUCCUCUCUCCUCCUCCCCCUUCUCCUCUCUCCUCCUCCUCCUCUUCCUCCUCUCUCCUCCUCCUCUUCCUUAUCCUCUCUCCUCCUCCUCCUCCUCUCUCCUCCUCCUUCUUCUCCUCUCUCCUCCUCCUCCUUCUCCUCCUCCUCCUCUCUCUCCUCCUCUUCCUUCUCCUCUCUCCUCCUCCUCCUCUCUCUCCUCUUCCUCUUACUUCUCUCCUCCUCCCUCACCUCCUCCUCUCUCUCCUCCUCCCUCACCUCCUCCUCUUCCUUCUUCUCUCCUCCUCCUCCUCCUCCUCCUCCUCCUCCUCCUCCUCUCUCCUCCUCCCGCUCUGAUGCUCUGAAGGUUGUCGGUCUGGAGGUAAACCUCCACCCUGUCCUCACUGUGUGCAGACUGAGCAGCUGUUGGAUGAAGAUGAAGACCCCGUCCUCCUGGUCAAGCGUAGAUCCAGGAGGUUGUCCAGCAGACCGGUGGUGAAUAAGAACGUCUCUCUCUGAUCUUCUCACCUUCUUCUCAGUCUCCAGACUUUGUCACUGGUGUUCAGUUCACCUUCAGUCCCACGUUCUCCACCUUCUGCUCACCUUAAAGGUGGAGGUUCAGCUCUUUCUGUUCCUCACACUCAUCUGUUCUUCUCACCUGUGGACUAACUGGACCUUCAGGACCAAAGUCCACAUCCUGGUCUCAGAGUGGGGAUGGGAACUCACUUGAUCUUCUUGAUUUCACCGUCAUGGUCUGUCAUGGUCAUCCUCAGAACCUGGUCUUUCUGCUCCAGCAGAUGGUCCCUGAGGACCUCAGACCUGUGUUGGCGGAUCAGGUCCAGCCUAAAAGGAGGGUUUCCCAAAGACUGGAGAGUCCAGCUCGGUCUGAACCUCCCUCCACCUCCUCCAGACCUGCUCAGGUAGUUUUGGUCUCAGCAGCUUCAUACCUUCUCGUCAGCAGGUCUGACCUUUGACCUCCGUCUGCUCCUCACCUUGUUUGAAACCUGCAGCUUCAGGUGGAGGAUCUGCAGGUCCAUCCUCUCAGACCCAGACAGGAGUCCUCUGGACCAGCCGCCCUGCUGGACACGGCUCUGCUGGAGGUCUGCUCAGUGUCCGAUGAUGUUCACUCAGGUUCUGGUUCUGGUGUUGGUUCAUGUCACAGAGAGGGUGAGCUGAGGAGAGUGACCCGGUCUGUGUUUGUGGAGUUCAUUCACCUGGUUUGGGUUUGUAGGUCUCACUGGUGUCUGCUCUGACCCGUCAGCAGCUUUUUGAAGAACUUUCAGUCCCCAAUCAGCGCCCCCUGCUGGUGGAUUUCAAAACACUCACAGAACAAAGACUUCUCUUUAAUCCUCCGUCUGAAAACUUUAAAUCUGAGCUUUAAAAACUGAAUUAUAUCUGUAACCGGGUCUAAAACUAAGGAUUAUUGGACUUUAAAGGGAUAUUCUGUCGUAAAAUAAAUUUAGGGUCAAACCCACCGUAACACCGAGUUAGACAACCCGUCGAGACACAGCGGUCUGAGGAGCAAUAAACAAACCUCAACCAAAAUGCCAAUAGCCAUAGAACUAUAUUCAGAGUUGUUCUAACUCCUAAGAAAACAUAAACUUAAGCGGAGGCGUUUCUCCACUUCUGUCGUCUAUAAGCUGGGCCAAUAAACUUCUACUGUAGUAAAAUGAAAAGGUAAAGGUGUUUUUAUUGAGCCGAAUUAUCAAUAAAAUCAUGAUUUUGUUAACCGGUAUGAAUAUAUGUGCUGUCGAGUUAAUAUAUUUGAACAAGAGCACAGUAAAGUUAAAUCAGCUAAUUUUCCAAUGAGGUUCUGUUACUGAACGGAACUGCACCAUGUACACUACACAACUUUGACUCAUUUCUUUAGCAAAGAGACUAAACACAACUCACCUACUCUCUUCCAGCAGACGCUUGUUUGUAGAGAGACCUAAUUACAGACUACAGCGGGGUGCCGCAGCUCAAGGAAGAACAUUCAUGAUCAAUCAGUCAAUCAGUCAAAGUUUAUUUAUACAGCACUGUUCAUACAAAUGAAAUUGCAGCUCAAAGUGUUUUACAUCAGGACAAGAAAAAUAAAAGUUAUUAAAAUAGACUAAAACUAAAGACUAAAAUGAAAUAUAAACUUGAAUUAUUAAUAAAAUACGGUAAAAAGUGAUACUAAAAAUGAAUGAAUUAUGAUAGUAAUUAAAAUAAAAGCCAGGCUAAAUCGAAGAGUUUUUAGGUUUAAAGGUUUCUAUAUUUGCAGCUCGUCUCAGACCCUCAGGAAGUUUGUUCCACAGUUUUGGAGCGUAGCAGCUAAAAGAAGCAUCACCUAAUCUUUUUGUUCAUCAGAAUCCUGGUUCUGUUACUGAACACCGAGCUGUGAGGGUUAGAACUGAACCAGAACCUGCAGGUCCGCUGAUGGAGGACUGAAGGGAAGCUGACGGGAGGUUUGGGGGUCAAACUUUAGUCCAGAUUCAGAGUCUUUGUUUGUGUGUUUGUGUCUCAGGACCCUGUACAGGUUCCUGAACCUUCAGGACCCGCAGUGAGGAGGGUAGGUACUGAAGCAGGUUCUGGUUCGAUCCGUUUGAGCUCACCAUGAUCCGAAUUUCAUUUGUGUCAAAGAGCGUGCGUGAAGAUCCGACUCCACAGACCGCUGCUAAACCGUCCAGGUCUUCAUCCCCUCAAGUCUGCCUCACCAGAGUCCAUGUGGUCCCCUUUAGAUCCAGGUCCAACAUCUCACCUGUAAAACAAGAGGAAGACCAGCAGUCCCAGUCCGACCAGUUUGGGUCUGAACCCAGCAGACGGGUACUUCAAAAAACUCAGACGUUCUUCAGUGUGUGUGUGUGUGUGUGUGUGUGUGUGUGUGUGUGUGUGUGUGUGUGUGCGCGCAGCUGUCUGAGUGCACAGUUGUGUGACAGCUGACAUUAGGACACACACUCUCACACACACACACACUCUAACUGUGAGCAGGAGCGGCCCCCCCUCGUCGUCCUGAAGCAGCAGAAAAUCAGCGGCUUCCUGUCGGCCUGCGGCGCCGUGAGGACGCUCGGCUCCGUGUCCACUCUGACCCGGGACGAGUCUGAGAGACAGGUAGACUCUGUUGAGGGUCACUCUCACCUGGUGCCUGAGUGUAAACAUGGUGGACGGACUUUUGUUUGAAGAGAUCACGUGGUGAGGGGUGUUGGAUUUCAGACACGGCGCCCUCUGCUGGCCCAAAGUUAAAACUGCAGCUGCUGCAGGAGGAUGAAGUAAAAACUCGAUGAUGUUCUUCUUUAGUUCAUGUUUCUGUGUUUUCUCAUCCUCAGCAGGUGGAGAAGAUUGCCGCCAGCGAGCCGACCCCGAAGGUGGAUGAGAGCGACGUCCUGAAGGAGCUGUUUCCCAACGACAUCAACAGUCCGACAGGAAUCACGUAAGAAACCCAAAACUAGUGCAAAAAUAUCCAUUAGUUGUUAUAAAUCUGUCUGUCAGAAUCUUCAUUAUCUAAUUUAGUCUAAUAAUCACGUUCAGGAAAAGGUAAACAAAGACGUCUUUAACCUCAAAGUUCCUCACUGGAGCUUUAAUGUGCAGCUCGUAACUCUGUGCUGGGAUCGAAAUAAAGCUUGAAGUGAAUUUUCCUGACAUCAGAGUAAAAAACUGUUUGUCAUUUCUGUUCUGCUGACACUAACUCCUGUUUUUCUGCCACAGCGCCACCUGCAGACGACCAAUCAGAGGAGCGGCCGGUCGUCCGAUCAAACCCAGCGAUCUGUGGAACGAUGAAAACGUCCUCUUCUCUCCGAAAACCGCCAAGAGCAGCAGCUCCUCCUCCUCCUCCUCCUCCUUCUACACAGAGAGCCACAUCAUCAACAGAGUCUCCAGCCUGCCCCCCUCCACCUCCUCUUCCUCCUCCUUCACCUCCUCCUCCUCCUCCUCCAGGCCUCUGUCUGCAGCGCCCCCUGCAGCUCAGACCAAAGCAGCUCCUCGUAGGAUGUCCCUGUGGGUGAAGCUGCUGCUGCUGGCUGUCGUCGCCGCCUUCCUCUUCCUGGUUUAUCAGGCCAUGGAGACCGACACCGCCAACCCGUUUGAGAGCGCUACCCCCGAGGUGGCGAGCGACGCCGCGGCGUAGAGCGAUCAGAAGAUGCUUUGAUUCUUUUUUUUUUUUCUUCAAGUGUGAAUCUUCAUGUAGCCGUUUGUUUCCGGGCGCUGUGAAAUGACCUCGGAGAUCUUCGCCCUCCAUAUUUGACCCUUUUUUUGUUCUUCUUCAUGUCUGAAUCAGUGAAUCCCUCAGAGACGUGACAGAACCGCUCGAGUGACACUUUCUCCUCUUUGUGAACGGCCAGAACCUCAAACCCAAACCGUAGCAUUCACAGAAACACAUGGACACGUUACUUUCAUCACCAGGUUAUUUUUUACUGUCGUACAUGCAUGGUGUGUGUGUGUGUUUGUACUGAGAGUGUGUGUGUGUGUGUGUGUCUGUGUGUGCGUGCCUUACUGUCCGUCACUCAUUAACCGCCGAGGACGGAGUUUGAACCUGAAUUUUUUUACUUUACUUGACCGUCUUUGUUAAAGAGACAGAGAGGCUCGAUGAUUUCAAUCCAGUCCUCUCAUACAUCCAUAUUUUCUUAAUGUUUCUUCGAAUAAUAAAGUGAAAGUCCCUGUGUAUUCCACUUAAUUAUGUAUUCACUGUCACCAAUAUUGAAUAUCCAGUUAAUAAACUAUAACGUUGUUACUGUG